UGCAAAUCAUAUAUUUGGGCCGGCUAUAAAACGUGAGCUUAACUAAAACGCCCGCAGGCCGUCAAAAUAAAUCCAGCAAAUACCAAGUAUAUUAAAUAAUUGUUAUACUAAUAACUAAUCAUGCAAAUAAGAGAAUACAUGCAUACUACUUCGUAGUAUAAAUAACAAGACAGAUAUAACAUUUUUAGCACCCAAAAAAAAAAAAAAAAAAUAGAGAAGAUUUUAUAAAAUAUUAAGGUUGAAAAACAAAAAUUUUAAUUUUACAGCAAUGGCUUAUUCUAAAGUCUUAUUAGCCACCAUUGUUGUUAUUGCAUUUCUUGGUAUUGCGUCUGCUGUUAACAACCCCGUUACCGUCGACAUUAGCGUAACUGUACCAUUUGUAACCCAAAAGAAAAGUGAUAUUGUUGUUCGAGGUCUCAUCUCCUGCAUAAGGGAUAAUGAUAAGAGUAAAUGGAUUCCAUUGGAAGGUGCAACAGCAAAGCUGUACUGCCCCUUGUUCCAGACAAAGUCAACAUUUGCAGAUAAAAAUGGUUUCUUCCUCGUCAAAUUGCCAUCCGAUCGUUUCAGCAAUGACUGCAGAGUGUACCUUGACAGCCCCGGCCCUGACGCAAACGACUGCAUUGUGCCAAGUGAUGAAAACCAUGGCAUCUUUGGUGAUCCUAUAACUCCAACUAAAGAGCACCCUGAACUCUACCAAGUUGGACCUUUCUUCUACACAAAUCCUCAACUUUGAUGUGUUUCUUUAUUGGGAAAGGAUUUGAUCGCAAUUUUCAGCCUGUUCUUUCGAGUUUUGAUGAUCAUUUAUCUCUUUCAAUAUGCUGAGAUUAAUAAUGAUUAAAAUUGAGUGUUGUGGGUAGUUGCAACUUUUUUUUUUGGGUUUGAAGUUCUGUUUUUUUUUUUUUUUUUUUUUUUUUUUUUUUUUUUUUUUUAUCGUUUUAGGAUGAUGCUUAGUUCGUCAAAGUGUCAUUUGAUCAAUUAAUUACCCUGUAUUUUUGUCAUUUGAUGGAGAUCAUAUAUAUAAAGUAAUACUCCGUAUAAUUUGAUUGAUUUUUUAUAUUUGGUUACAUUCCCCAAAUUCUCGAACUUGUGUUUUAUUGAAAUAGACGAUGACAUCAUGACAACUACAAUGAAUGUCAUAAUGAACACUGACAUGGAAAGUACUAAAUAGGAACAAAGACGGUCUAUGAUUCUAGGCUUCUAGCCAAGUUUUUUUUUUUUU